AGCUUAGCCGCAACAGCCGCUUAUCCGACGCGCUUCCGAUCGGAACCUUCAAUCAUCAUUCUCACUCCUCUCCUACACUCGCCAAGCGCUUCGUCCCCCCGCCCGCGUUAUCCAUUCCGAUCCUACAUCCGCCAGUACUAGGAACGUGGAAUUCGUUGACAGAAACAAGUGCCAUGAACAGCCCUGAAGACCAUCCGACACACGCGUCAGCGGACGGAGACACCAACAAUCGCCGUCAACGAGUCAAGCAUGCUUGUGAUCCCUGCAAGAAAAGGAAACGACGUUGCAAUGGAGAACAGCCAUGUGCUACUUGUAUCAAGUACGAAUAUAAAUGCUAUUUUGAAGCUGUACAAAGGAAACGACGGAGUCGACAACCGGAUGGUUUACAAAGCGACGGAUCACCUCCGGCGGGGGCCAUACUUCCAGUCACAAGUCCAGAAGUCGAAAGAGAGGUAACAUCAACAACUGGAACAACACCCAGAGAAGCGAACUCUGGCGCUGCAUUUGCUCAACUUCUCCGUAAUAGGCUGGAACCACGCCAAGCAGACACGCCAAAUGCUCGAACCCCGUCAUGGAGCAUUCAUAUGAGUGAGGAACAGCAAGAGCUGCCAUCCGAACUUACACGAAUCAUGUCAAAAGAACAGAUGGAAAGACUAGCGGAGUCUUACUUCACAACAAUCCAUCAACUUUACGGAUUCUUAAACCGUGACGUGUUUGAUGCCAAGGUUGAGGACCGGUGGAACAUGAUCUAUGUUCCAGAUCCAUAUGAUUCCAUUCUGUGUGGCGUUGCAGCUCUUGGUUCACAAUACCUUGGCGAACCUUCAAAAUCACUGGAAAUUGCUCUUGUUGACUGUGCCAAGAGGAUACUGGAGAUCACAAGUGCGUCCAAUACUCCUUCCUACGAGAAUGCAGCAUCCUGGACUCUGCGAACAAUCUAUCUUCGAAGCACAACUCAGCCUUAUGCUGCAUGGAUAACAAGUUGUACCGCAAUGCUCACCAUCGACGGCCUCGGACUAAGUGGAGAUCUCGAUGACGAAACUGAGAGUAUAGUCCAUAGGAGACGACUUUUCUGGUCUGCCACUGUUUUAAAUACUUGGGUCUCAAAUGAGUAUGGACGAUCCAAAGUCGAGAUUUCGAAACCGUUGCCCCCUCACUUGACAUCUAGAUCAGGCGACUACACCGAAGAUCUGCUCUACCUCUACAGAAUCUCGCAGAGAUUAGAUCCGAAAAAGCCAUCGACUGCAGCGGAUUUUGAGUCUGGGAUCGCAGAGUUGGUCACCUUUCAACCUCCCGUGGACGCAUUAUUCCUGUCUCAAAGCAACUUAGCACUGGCACUCUACCGGCGACUUCGUUUUGUAGCAUCAACAAUUUCAGAUGAGACUAUCACAACGGUCAUCACGCUCGGUAAUGCGGGGUUAGACGCAGUGCUACGGCUCAUCGCCAAACGACAACCAUGGUGGCAUGUAGCCAAUGUUCCAUUCCAGUUCAUAUGCACGCUACUUGUGAUUGAUACGGAAGAAGCAUUAGAGCACUUGAGGCGGGCUGUUGAUACUCUACAGGCUGUGGCUGAGUGCUUUCCUACUCGGUCUCUCACUGACACGGUACACUCUGUGAGGAAGCUGAUCCAAUUGGCGUGUAAGCAGAAGCGAGGGCAACUCGGCCUCCUGGAGCAGAGCUUAGCACCACGCAAACCGAUGGCAACUACGCAGCAAGUUCAAUUGGGAUUGGAAAAUGACCAGGGAGAGCCUGUCACGAAUUGGUCUCCUGAAUCAAUGGACUUCACAGAUUUCGACUGGGAGAAGUUCUUCAGCACGGAUGUAUCAGUUUUGGAGUAUCCGAUACCCACUGUAUGAAGAAUUUUGAGUCCCAGUUGAUGCGAAUACGCUCAUAUUUGAUCGUGGAUUCUCUCACUGCUUCCUUCCUAUAGAGGUGAUCCAUGGUAUGAAGUAACUACACCAUAGCCGGUAACGACAUAGGGCAUGCACAUGUAGUCCGUGAUAACAUUGCGAGGAGUCCUUACCCCACAAUUCCGACCAUAAGAGAGCGGAGACAGGACGGGAAUAGACUGCCGCGCUGCACAAAUGGGCGCGAAGGCAAUUCCAAAGUGCGAAGUGUUGGCAAGCCUUAAUUCAACCUGUGGCUAUUAAAGGAUCACCUUGGGGAUUGCAAGAGUUGCUUGCAAGGUGUGUGAUAAUGUCCUGUGUCUGGGACUACACGAUGGAUUUGUAACACCCAGCUUUGCUCCUUGUUGUUCGUGGCUUCGUUCACGAGAUACCUUGUGUACUCAUCACCAGAUAAGAGCAUUAACGGGAUCAACAACAGUGUUCCUCCCAUGGCAGAAGUUGGCGAUAUGUAUGCAUGUGGAAGUAGAUAAACAUUGAAUGAACAAGCUGCAAGCCAGCGUGGCUAUCGAACUGUGCGAUUAAGCCAGGGCGUUACUCGCACAAGGAAACGAGGCGAUUGCAUCGGGUGUUAGAAACUAUAAAGUCUCCGGAUUCGCUUGUAGCUUGCUUGUAAUUUCAACGUAUCUUUUGAGAACGGAAAG